AUGAGUAAACCUUCUCGUAGGAGCUCCCUAUGCGGGCUCAUGAUACCAACCUUGACCUUCUUUCUUAUCUUUCUUGAUCUUAGUUUCUCUGCUCUCGCAGACUUUGCACCGGCACCAGAGGCUCUCUCAGACUACGACAACGCCACUUUGGCUCCCGGAAUCUUCAGGAGGCAGCUCGGUAGUAGCUCCGACGACCAUAGCUGCUCCAAAGACAAGAAGUGCCUCAACGGCGCCUGCUGUGGUGCGAGCGGAUGGUGCGGCUACGGCCAGGUGUUUUGCGGCGAUGGCUGUACGUCCAAUUGCGAUGCGAAAGCUGAGUGCGGCAAGGACUCGGCCAGUGGCUCAGCUGCCUGCCCCUUGAACGUCUGCUGCAGCCAGUUUGGCUUCUGCGGAACAACUACCGAAUUUUGCCAGAAUGGAUGCCAAUCUAACUGCGGGACUCCAAAGGACCCAGGCGGCGGCGGAGAUGCCCGUGACCGCGUUGUUGCUUACUACGAAUCAUGGCGAGCACACCUCGAUAGCUGCGGCGUCAUGACCCCAGCUCAGAUUCCGGUUGAGGAGCUGGACAUUCUCAACUUUGCCUUUGCCUACAUCGACACCAGUCUCAACAUUGUGCCGAUGGCCAGUGACGCCUCGUUGGACGAUCCAUGGGAGAUAUUCCAUGAAGUCACCAAUGUCAAGUUUCGGAACCCAAAGUUGCAGGUCUGGCUGUCGAUUGGCGGCUGGGACUUUUUUGACGACGGAACCGACACUCAGCCAAUCUUUGGUAAAAUUGCUGGGAGUGCCAUCUUGCGUUCCGAGUUUGCAAAUCGUCUCGUGCGUUUCAUGUCCCAGUACGGCUUCGACGGUGUUGACUUAGACUGGGAAUACCCUACCGCCCCCGACCGAGGAGGUCAUGAGGCUGACAUUAAAAACUUUCCUUUGAUGCUCAAGGCCAUCCGUGAUGAGUUUGACGGCUCCGGCCACGGCACCUGGGGUAUCUCUUUCACGGCACCCAGCUCGUACUGGUACCUUCGCGGCUUCGACCUGCCCGGGUUGGCCCAAUACUCAAACUUCAUCAACCUCAUGUCCUACGACUUGCACGGCACGUGGGACCAGCACAAUGAGAUUGGUAACAGAAUGUAUGCGCAUACCAAUCUGACUGAGGUCGAGCUGGCCCUGCAGCUGUUCUGGCGCGUUGGCAUCGAUCCGGCCCUCAUCAACCUUGGAAUCGGCUUCUAUGGUCGCUCCUACGCCGUCGCGGACCCGAUCUGCAAUCUCGUCGGCUGCGAGUUUCUGACGGGCAACCUCCUGUCGAGCGGCGGCGCUGCUGGGCCGUGUACCAAGACCAGGGGCAUUCUUUCGUACGAGGAGAUCAACGACCUUAUUGCGGCCAACCAGGCGAAGGCUUUGGUCCGUUAUGACGAGACUGCCGCUGUGAAGAUGCUGAUUUAUGGCCAGGGCAUGAACUGGGUCUCGUACGAUGACAAGACAACCUACCAGCAAAAAGUAGACUUUGCCAACGCGCGCGGCCUGGGCGGUCUCAUGAUCUGGGCAAUUGACCAGGACGAUGAGCGCUACACGGCCUUGGAGUCGGUGCUCGGCAAGGACAUCGAUCCAGGGGUUGAUCUAAGCCCUACCAAGGACUCGGACCGGUUCAGCUUGAGCUUGUGCAUGUACACCAAGUGCGGAGAUGUCUGUCCGGACAACACCAAGGCAAUGACUUGGCUUGAUCAGGACAGCGACGGAAACUCAUGCAGAGGGAUAGGGCGCUUCUUCGGCUUUGAUCAGCCGCUACGACGGUUCUGCUGUCCGCCUUGGGGCGCUCCGGACCAGGCUACUUGCCACUGGAGCAAGGGCUGUUACAGCCAAUGUGACAUUGGUGAGAUCACCAUGGCCCUCGACGACAACGGCGAUCAGCAGGGCGACAAAUGCUUGUUUGGACGACGUGCUUAUUGCUGCCCCUCCGAAUCGGCCCCCACUGCUCCCCAGUGCAAGCAAAUAAGUUCCUGGGGCGGGAAGUGCAGCAGUGACCUGCCGCAGAAGGUGGGCGCCAUCUCAGGCAUAUUUGUUGAUAUCCCUGUGUGCUGUCCUGCCGACGUCAAGUACAAGAACUGCAAGUGGUACGGCAAAGGAAGACCUUUCAGCUGUACCGACUCACAAUGCCCGCCAAGGAAAGUUGAGAUCUACACGAGCCAAACAGAUGACGAGGGCGACUGGUGCUUCUUCGGCACCACUCAUUCGCUCUGCUGCGACCCAGGAGAGGGAUUCGAGUCGGGAAUCUUACCCGUUGAACUGGAUCACAUUUUCCCAGAGUCAGAUAAGUUUACCGCCAAUGAUGUCCCCAGCUACGCCGAGGCAUUCUACCAGGACAAGGAUUCAAAGCCACUCGACCCGGGUAACCCCAACGAUCCCAACACUUCGCCCUUUGCUUGGGUCAUCGUGGUGGGAUGCGACCAUGAUGUGCAGACCCUGGACAAGCGUCAAGGCUCGCAUCUUGAUGUUUUUGACUGCCCUGACACCCAUCCCGAUGACUUCAGUGUACAGUCUCUGCGCGCCGUGUGCACAGACGAGUCUCCAGACAACAACUGCCAAGAUAUUCUCCUCGGCGGCGCUGAGAACACGGUCCUGCGCCUUCCACCCGACUGCGGUCCUGAUGACUAUGUUCGAGUCGUAUCCUUCUCUCGGCUGGAAAACGCAACGGCGCCCGCCCACCUUACGAGGCGCCUUGCCAAUGCUCCCAAGAUCUAUGAGAUUAGGUAUGACUACGACUUUGGCAAGGUCAGGGAGAAGAAGGAGAGACAGCAGCGGGGCCUGGAUGCUCGCGCUGACGGUUGCGGCGACAUCUACUUCCGCGUUGAUACUUCUGACCAGCCCAAUUACUGGCACGAGAUUGUCCGGUCGAGCCCCCAGGGCAAGAUCGAGAAGCGGUCGCCGCAAGAUUGGCGCCAGUUCCACCUGGACUGGUUCCAACAGCACGGCUUCAUGAACAACACGGCCCGCGAGGACAGAGUCGGCAAGCGAGGAUACGGCGACGACGGCUGGUGGAAGAACGUGUUCAACAAGCUCGCCAUCCUCCCGCCGAAUACACUAAACCACGGCAUCUACAGAAACUACCCAUUCUCCCAAAUGCUGUACAACGCCCGACGGUCCUGUCCUCCCAAUGCCGAUGCCAGUAUCGAAGCCAAGAUCGACGGUUAUUUCGACGCCAACCUGGGCUUCGGACUGUCACUUGUCGGCACCCUGACCAACUUCAACCUCGACGAUGCCUACGCUUACUUCGUCCUGGACGGCGCCAACGCCUUUGCAAAGGUCUCCAUCACUGGGCAGGCCGACUUCACCAUCUCUUCGGGCAACAUCCCCUUGCUCGAGAACUUUGCUCCUUGGGGUGGCAGUUUCAACAUCAAAGGCAUUGCUACUGUUGGCCCCUUUUUGGACAUCACGGCCCAGUUGCAGUCGCUGGCGACGGUCUCCGGCAGCCUAGCCAGCCAAGUGCUCAUCGCGACUGUCAAUCCGCAGGUCUUCAUGUACCCGGCCUCUCUCUGGGCAGAGCCGGAUCCCAAGCCUUUCUCCAUAUACACCUUCAAGGAGUCGACAAAAGUGGACGCCGGCACCGAGGCCAACGUGGCGGCUGAGGGCCACGUCGUCGUCAAGGUCGACCAGAGCGCCGCUUUCAAGAUCCAGAUACAUUUCCUCUCCAGCGACCUUGUCAACACGGACAUCCGCGCCACGUACUCCAACUCGAUGGACCUGGGCGUCGGCGCGGGCGCGUCCUCGGGUAGCGACAAGUGCUCCGGCAUCUGGUACUGGAUGAACUGGGCGGCCAGCGUGACGCUCAAGAUGGUGUCGCCGCUGCCCAACUGGGCCCAGCCGGACAACCUCAACAACGAGCUCUUCAGCACCCAGUUCGGGGUCGUCCCUAAGAAGUGCUACGGCUGGUCCGAGUCUAGGGACAAACGGGAACUGCUGCCGCUCUCCUCCGAUGACACCGGCAAGGCCCUCUCCAACACCACCGUCAUCGACGCGAUGCUGGUUCGGCGCGCCGGCGUGGACGACCAGAACCCGCUGUUCCCAGACCCUGGCGGCUCAUGUCUCCGAUGCGCCACGGACACCAACACGCCGCUGGGUAAGUGUGACACAACCGUCUAUGGAGACGACGGCAGCGAGCCCCUGGACUGCCCCGACUCGAGCACAUCCGCCAAGAGGGCGCUGGAAGGCGUCAUGGAACGGGGCCUGAUCCAGAAGCGUGGCACCAAGGCAGACUUUGGCAUCUGCCAAAAGGCUCUCAAAAAGGCUGGCGGUAUCACUGUGAGAGGAAUAUCCUUCCCGGACUCGAGAGUCUUGGUCGCCGAUGCUUCCGCCGGGACUCCAAAGUACGGAUCUUGGACCACGUGGGCACCCGAUGACUGGUCAGACUGCGAUAACAUGGGCUUCCGUCAGCAAAGCAACCCAGCCCCAGAAGAUGUCGACACAAGCAAAUAUGGCACGGAGCAUAUUCUUGAAUGGCAAAUUCUGAAAAACUUCCUUCAGACAGUCGGCAGCGAUGAAACGGACGCAAGCUACGACAACUGUGCAUCUGACGCUUUUAAGAAGGCGAAUUCGCUCACGUCUUGGGACUUUGUGCGUGACGACCAAGAGUGGUCUAACUGCCAGCACCUCAAAUUCUGGUGGGCCGGCAAGCCUAUCCCCGUCCCCUGGUACACGAGUGCGAACAAGCAGUUUACGCCCCUCAGCAUCAUGGGGCAGGUUCUUCCCAACAAUGAGGAGUCCUUCAACGAGUUCCAGCUACUGUACAUGAAUGUCAACAGCGCGAAACAGGCGGCUUGGUCCUCCAGCUUUAGGAAUUACAUUCGGGAUUACCGAUCUUGUAUCAAGAAGGAGAGGUGGGCCGAGGCCAUGAACAAAGUCCGGCUCGUCAUCUGGACUCUGAAAUAUUCCAAGGCUACAGAAGACAUCUUCAAGGUACAGGCACAAAGAGUAGGGAGCUGGCUAAAACGCCCUUGCCGCCGUUUAAGUACCCAGGCCACUUCCCUUGAGAUGGCCAACUAUUGUCGAGGCAAGUCUGUGGUACUAAAACAGCCCUCGCACCAAACAGAUAACAUUCAAGACGGCAUUAGAGAUAUCGAACAUGCGCUCAACAUUGGCAAGGAUGAUUCGAAUACGGGUGGGGCCACAACGGGGGCGUCGGAGCAGAAUAAGGAUCUGUUGGCCCGGCUUGACAAAAUCAAGACCUUGUGGGCCUCGGUAGGGCCGUGGACUAAUCCUUUACCUGCUGAUUGGGAAUAG